CUGGGAGUCAGGGGCGUGUUUCUGCUGUAAUCGUGCACUUUCUCUCUGAGGAGGGACGGGAAGCCAGGGAACGGCUCGACUACUAUUCGCGCUCUGCUUUCUGCUUUCCCCCCUCUUCUUCUUGAAUGAGGUCUAAACCGAGAAUUAGGCGAGUGUGCAAAAAAUAUUGGCACCCUUUACCCACGGAACUCCUGAGACACUUAACUGAAGCGGAUUGUUUCCACUUUACAGGUCUAUCUCACCUCAUUAGAUGCCAACGUAGGGAUACUCUGAAGGAUACCACUUCAGCAUCCAGUACGUCCAAGCGUGAUCGAGUGAGAGGCAGAAAGUGAGAGGAAACGUGGAAGAGGGAGCGGGAGACAGCUCAUCGCUGGACAUGUCGUACAGCAGCCAAACACCCCCCGACUCCAGCAGCAACAGCGGCAGCUCCAGCUCGGCCUCCCAGUAUGCCACGGCAGCACUGGGCGUGGGGCUGCUGGUGCUGGGCAUCGUGAUGAUCCUGUGGAGCGUGGUGCCUGUUGGCUCAGGCGUAAACAACUCGCAGAAUACAGAGGACAAAGUUAGGCCCAACACAUCAUCCGUGGGCUUUGUUCUGCUGGGCACCGGAGUGGCCAUGCUGCUGCUCUCACUAUUCCUCGGCAUUCAAAACAAAUACCGGGCGCAGAGACAGGCAAACGGCAACGCUAACACAGAGCAAGGACAGGGGGGAGACAGGCAACCAGACGACUCCGAGCAGUACACAGUACCCAGUUAUGAGGAUGUGGUCGGAAACACCGAGUACCCAAUCAGCCAGUUCUCUCCGCGGCAGAACAGCACCACCUGCCUGCCAGCCUACGACGAACUGAUGGAGACAGGUCAGGGCGAGACGGAGGGUCCAUGCGCACACAAGAACGGAGCAGACAAUUUGAACUCGACACACAUAGUCCCCAAAAAAAACCCCGGACUCAAAUUGCUCCCGCUUAAAGUGAGGACAAAGAGCUCGAGCAGCUCACCACAGGUCAUGGGCUCCAGCAUCGAACCCCUCACUCCUCCACCACAGUAUGAAGAAAAUCCCCCGGAACUCCCCCCCGGCAGCACAGUGACCCUGUCAACACUUGGAAGUGCGAUGUAAUUAAACAUGCAUGAAGAUUUGUGCACUUUUUUGCGCCGAUUACAGUUUGACCGUGACACAGUGACACAGUUUGGUCAUGACUAAAUAACAGUGAAAGCAGAGGAAGAAGGCAUGCUAGAAUCUGCUUCCUGGUUAUUAUAUCUGAUCAGAUAUAAUAGGUUUUUUAUUCUAAGCUGGAAAUUUUAACCGGAUACACAGGAAUUAGAGGAAUCUCUAAUGGACGUGUAAUUACCACACUCAGGUAACAUGUGCCAAUGUGCUCUGCACUGGUCUUCUCAAUAAUGCGUUAUUUAAAAGACUUUAUUUAGCCUUAGCCUCAAGAAAACUGUGUAUCAAAGCCAGUUUCUGGUUUUAUGUUGUAUUAUGUCAUUCAUAUCUGAAAAAAGAGCAUUUCAUCCUAAAGUGUUGAUGAAACAGCGUAUUUAACGAUGCAAAUCAUUAUCACAGUAUCAUAAAUGGUGUUAUUCUGUCAUAUAAUUGAUAACGUUCAAAUGAAAUUGCUGCUACAGAGCAUCGGGCAAAACCACCCAAGACACACAAACUCUGACAUGAAUCGGUUAAACGCUGAGUUCGGCCAGCGCUUUUUAGAGUAACAAGAAUUGUCGCAUCUUGCCUUAGCGUCGAUGUUUGUCUGCGCUGUGUGUAAGUACCCUUUAUUGGGUUUGAGAUUACCUCUUGUUACCAUAGUGAUGAGCAGUGAAGUCAUGAAUGGGUAAGUGUGUCUGUGUGUCUCUUCAGGAGAGGAGACAGGGAAACUCUUUCACCCUGCAGCUGCAUGUUAUUUCACAUGCUGUCUCGCAGUUGCUCUUUCACUGUUACUAGCGUGCACACACACACACACACACAUUUGUCUUACUAACCUUCCACUGACAUGAGUAUUAAUGCAGACAAUUGGUGCCUAAACCUAAUUCUAGCCUUAACCCAAGUAACAAAAAACCUUCUGAUAUUUACAAUAAAAUCUAUUGGUUUCUCUUUGGUUUUUUUUUUUUUUUUUUUUAGAUGUAACUGUGUUUUUGGGGACAUUUAUCUUCCACAAACAUAAACUGCCCAAACAUGACCCACAGAACAUUUUUCUUUUCUUAAUUACUAUUUAUAGAUCUGUAUCUUGCAUUCCUUUAACCCCCCCCUCUCCCCAUCACACACACACAAACACACAGACACACACACACACAGAGACACACUGUAACAGUAAUUACGGCUUUCUCAAACCCACCAGCAGUCUGCUGCAGUGCCAUUACUAUUUCACAAGCAGAACAUUACUGAAACAAACAAGCAGACAUCCCAUUUCGCACUGGAAUACGAGGUAUGAUUGUGAUAAAAUGUUUUUAAUCACCAUUUCAGUGUCUGCUCUUGAUAUAUUGUUUGCAUUCCAUAUUUUGUUCUAACACUAUUUAAGGCUGACUGACAUCAGAUGCAUUUUGUUGACCACUCCCUUUACUAAUCUAUAAAACCCAUUUCUGAAAGGUGUGACCAAUUUUUAAAAUGCUGUUUUUAUAUGUUUGCAGUUGAAUCCUUUCUGAAAAUAACUGGAGACUGAGGAUCUGCUGGUAAUAUUGCUGUCUCAUGCAUGUGCAGCUUUUAUGAGCAUUACUCGGUUCGGAUGCAGAUCUGUGUUUGGCAAAAUAUAUUUUAUUUUAUUGAAAGAAUGUACACUGUUUCCACCUAGAGGUUCAAAUGUGUCAUUGCAGCCUGUAUUUCUGAACAACCAAUGACCAUUGGGUUAGAAACAUUCAACAGAAUGUUGAAAGAACAAAAACUCAUAAAUGUCAGAUUAUUUAAAAAGGUAUAUAUUGUGUAAUUUAUUGGGGAUUUAUUUAUUAUUUUUUUGUUUAUUUUUGCCCAAGUGUGACCCCGAACUUGUAGUAGAUUAGCAAAUGAAAUAUAUUUUUCUCACGUUUAUGCUGUUGACAUCGAUAAAGCCACAGCUGAAACUGGGGUCAGUGAUUUUUAAUUCUUAAAGAAUACGUUUUGUAUUAUUUAGUGAUUCCUACAUUCUGGCAGCUGCACUGAAGAUACACUCUGGUCUCUGGUGCACCCCAGUCACUGUAAGCAGGGGACACUAACUAAUGUUAAAAAAAGCUGAUUAUUGUGUUGAUUAUAUUGAAUAGAACGCUGGAAACACUUUGAGUGGAGUCAUUUUGACAGAAGUACAUGAUGUAAUGUUUGUCAGCAGUGUGUGUACCUUAAUACACAUCUGUCAGAAUACCGUAUCAUUUGCUUUACCUACGCCUGACAGCAUUAUUAAUAAAAAGUACUUUUUUCUCCA